AUUGACUAGACUUUUGUCAAUGUAACAAGACCGUUUUUGCCGGAGUUGUAUCAGUCAGUGGAGUAAUAUGAGGCUUCAUAGGCACCGAAGAAUGUCUGUGUUGUGGAGAGAGAAGAAGCAGAGGAGAGGUGUAAGUCAGAGACUGCAAGUAAACAACCUGCAGUAGCUACAAGAGCCAUCUGUAGAUCAGGAAGACAAAAAGACGCUCCCGAGCCUUGGCGUCACUCAACAGGAUUGUUGGAGGUCAGAUGUGGUGAAAUGGACUUCUUGUCAGCAUGGAUUGUGUCUCCUUCAGCACUACCCUUUCUCUGUCUCAUCUGGGGCACGCAGGCACAGCAGGCCUUCAGGUCUGAGCCCAGGAACCUCACUGUGCGGAUGGGAGCCACAGCUGUGUUAAGGUGUGAGGUGCUACGGGCCUCAGGGACUGUGCAGUGGGUAAAAGAUGGCCUCCUCCUGGGACCUCAGAGAAGCCUGCCAGGCUUUCCACGCUACAGCAUGAUUGGAAACCCCAAGAGAGGGCAAUACCAUCUUCAGAUUGAAAAAGCCCAACUGGAAGAUGACGCCUCCUAUGAAUGUCAAGUGGGUCGGUCUGAGAGCAGUCAAGCAAUCAUUUCCAGUACAGCCUGGGUCAACUUGCAAAUUCCUCCGUCCAAGCCAUACUUUGAGGUGGACAUGGCAGCACCUUGGGUGGCAGGGAGGACGUACACUGUUACUUGUAUUGCCCCUGAUGCAAAGCCUGUGGCUGAAGUCACAUUCUAUAAAGACGGAGUCAAGCUGACAGGUGCAGAGUCUUUCACCAUGUCUGGCUCAAAGGAUAAGCUCCUGAACACGCAUGCUGAAGUAACGGUCACAGCUCUGAGCUCUGACAAUGGGAGGCAGCUGACAUGUCAUGCCAAGAACCCCGCCCUUUUCCGGCCUGUGGAGUCCACAUUGACCAUGAACGUGUACUAUGCCGCUGCUGCUGAUUUAACAAUCACCAAUAACCUCCCUCCUCUGCCUCCAGUUAUUGUGGGUCUGGAAAGAGAGGAAGUCCUAGCAGAGAGAAUGCUCACAUUGGAGUGUGUGUCUCAUGGUGGAAACCCCUUAGCCACUCUCCACUGGACCAAGAAUGGGGACGUUCUAUCCACGACAUGGGAAGAGGACAUUGUGGUUCAAAAGUCCAGCAGUAUUCUCAACCUGAAGAUCACCCCUGCAGACAACCAGGCAGUGCUGUGCUGUGAGAGUGUCAAUCUGGUGUCCCCGUCGCCUCUGUCUGUUAGCCGCAAAAUCACUGUGUUCUUUGAGCCUGCAGAGGUGACUCUGUCAGGUUCCUCCAAGGCCAUUGAGGGGCAGGAGCUGAGUUUGACCUGCUACGCCUCCUCCAGUAAUCCCCCUGUCCAGAUUCGCUGGUGGCUGGGCUACAAGGAGCUCAACACCACUGCUGUCACUAUGGAAGAGGGAGACAAUGGUGGGAUGACAACCAUGUCCAACAUGACCCACCGAGUCUCCCGGGAGGAGGAUGGACUGAAACUCACCUGUGAGGCUUUCAACAAGGGCACACACUUCUCUAAGACCCAGAUCACCAAACUCACUGUCUACUACCCCCCUCAAAAGAUAUGGCUUGAAGCUCCUCCUCAAGAUGUCCCCCUUCGUUCAGGGAACAAGGUCCAUCUCAUCUGCUUCUCCACUGGAGGGAAUCCCACUGGAAGCCUAACUUGGUUCAAGAAUGGGAAGAAGGUGACAGAUGCACUGAAGCAGACAUCCUUUGAUAGGGGUGUGGCUCGAGAGCUGGUCCUGGUCCUGACUGCAAGUGAUAACAUGGCUACCUACCGCUGUGACGCCACAAAUGAGGCAAAGAAGACCAUUUCUGCCCAUACUAAGCUCAUGGUUCAGUUUCCAGCAGUAAGUAUGAAAAUCACAGCCAACCAGGAGGAGGUACGUCAGGGCCAGAUGCUAACGCUGGAGUGCCUAUCUGGAAGCAGUAACCCAAAGGCCAACAUCUCAUGGAGUCUGGGCCCACUCAGGUUCCAGGGGGUGGAGCACCCACCCAAGAAAGCUCAGUUUGGUGGAGUUUCAGUGCGCAGUUCUCUAUCCCUGACUUUGAGUUCACAGUAUCACAACCAGAGGGUCAUUUGCCAGGCCUACAGUCAUGUGCUAGCUGAGGGGGCCAACACAUUCUUCAAACUCAAUGUGCUGUACCCACCAGAGUUCAGCCCAGACCAGCCAAAGCAGGUCCAGGUGGUGGAGGAUGACAUGGCAACCAUCCCACUGCUGGUCUCAGCUAACCCGGAGGAGGUCUCCUGUGUUUGGCUGCACCGCAGGGAGAAGCUGGUCAAAGAGAGUCCACGUUACGACUGGUCCGACGAGUCCUUGCUGGAGAUCAAGAAUGUGACAAGGAAGGAUGCCGGAGUUUACACUGUUAAGUGUACAAAUGAUGAGGGUGUCAACCAAAUCUACAUCAAGCUAGACGUCCAGUAUGCUCCCAGUGUUAAGGCAGAGAAAGACCCUGUGUUUGUGAACCUGGGGGAAACAGCAGACCUGAUAUGUGUGGCAGAUGCCAACCCCAUUAUACCUGACAUGUUCUCUUGGAAAUGGCUGGGAGAAGAGGAGGUGGAGAUGGGAGAGGAGACCCAGGAAGAUGAAUCAGGCCUCAUGACCAUCCAUGAUGUGACUCGGGCUCAUGCUGGACUUUACCAGUGCAUAGUCAAUAAUGGCAUAGCACCCCCUGCCAGUGCAGAUGUGCAGCUGGUAGUGCAGUUCAAACCAGAGCUUCAGAAAGGAGCCCAAUGGAGGAAGGUAGCAAGUAGAGGGGAUGGCACAACUACAGCUGAAGUAGUAUGUCAGGCAGAGGGUAUUCCUCGUGUCGACUUUUCUUGGGAAAAAAAUGGUGCACUCAUGGACUUUGCAAACCCCAGGUAUGAGGAGCGGACUGUGAGGGAGGGCGCCUUCCACACAAGCACAGUCCGAGUGGUAAAUGUGAGCGCAGCUCUGGACUAUGCUGUCUUCAGCUGCACUGCUCGCAACUCACUUGGGGAAGACAAGCUAGACAUCCAGCUCGUCAGCACAAAUCACCCAGAUCCUCCCUCAUCAUUUCGCCAGGUCAGCGUUAGCCAUGACUCUGUCACUCUGGAGUGGAUCCCCGGCUUUAAUGGUGGUUUGCGACAAAGAUUCCGCAUAAGAUACCUUUGGGAGCGCUCAGCCAGCUUUUUGUAUGUGGACGUCUUUCCUCCCAGUGCGACGACAUUCACUAUCACUGACCUGCAGCCUGUCACCACCUACAACUUCUCUGUCAAUGCACUCAAUGCAAUGGGAGAGAGUGACUAUGCUGACAACAAUGCAGUACUGACCAUCACCACCAUGGAGAGGAAAGAAGUAGAAGACGUCCCCACAGAUGACUCAUCAGGUGCACUGCCAGCCUAUUUGACAGUGGUGUUUACAGUGGUCUUUGGUAUCCUGCUGGUAUUGAAUUCACUGGGUUGCUUCCUUGGACUAAGGUGGAAAAAGAGGCGAGGCCAAACAGGGGGUAGGGAAGGCAGUGUGUUGAAUGAGAAGAAGAACGGAGAGGAUGGGUCCAGUCAGUCAACUGCAAGCAACUCCAAUAAGUAUGAAAGCAGAGAAAAGGUCAACAAAGCAGCCCUGCGCACCCUCCUCAUCGACUCUGAAUGUGAAACAGACAGCAAUGUCUACGAGAGCUAUGCGGCGGAAAGUUCCCACUACUACCCCACUGGCGACUACAUGCCUCCUCUCAGUCCACACCCUGAGGAAAUAUAUGUCACCCACCUCCCUCACAGCCAUUUGUAUGAUGAUGUGAGAGAUGGACUGUACCAGGGUGUCCUGCCUUCCUCUCGUCCUCCCCCUCUGUCCGUGUUUGACCACAGAUUGCCUCAUCAAAGGAGCGACUGGAGAUCAGCAUCCUACCCUCAGGAUCCUGAGAGACUGAGGGAGAUCAUGGAUGUUCGACAACCACAGAGAGAUACUGAUCUUCCCUUUGAACUGCGAGGCGAAUUAGUCUAGAAUGAGAAGGUCGAAACAAACAGAUACUUUCUGACAGGGCUUGUAUAGCAGAUAUUCAGUACAAUCUUGUACAAUGUUAUUUAUUUUAUUCUUUUUGAAUGGAAACUUAGAAGUAACCUUAAAUGCACCAGUCAGAAGAGUAGAAUGUAGCUGGAGUGCUUGAUGUAAAACGCUAUAACUCACUAUUUCACUUUGAAAUUUUUAUGUGUACAUUGAACAUUUUUCCACAAAGGCAAUGUGUGGAUGUACAGUAAGAUAUGACAGACUGAACAUAAGCAAGGCAGAAUAAUAUGAAGAAGACUUAUCUGAAAGCUUCAAUAGCCUUAUGCAAUGAAGAAUGUCAAAAUGAUGCUAAUGUACUGCAUAUCAAUUUCUUAAAGUCCAUGUAAAGCAAUAAUAAAUGUGUUUUGAGUUUGUCACACGACA